UCAAAUAUUUGGCGCAGUUUGUGUUUACUUUACUGUAGCAGUGUAGCAGCAAGUGUUGUGCAUAAAGUAAUAACAGUUAUAUCAAAUGGAUAUAGGAGCUCAGUCAUCUCGGAAGAGGAUUAAAAAGAAGAUAAAGCAUCCGAAUCCUUUGUUUGAAAAGUGGUUGAAAGAAUGGCAAAAUGAAGCUCGCGAGCGAGGUUCAGACAUACAGUAUUGCUAUGCCAAAGCACUCAGGUCACUUAAAAAAUAUCCACUGCCUUUAAGGAGUGGUAAGGAGUGCCGUAUUCUGCAGAAUUUUGGUACAAAAAUUUGUGAUAUGCUUGAUCGCAAAUUAGAAGAAGUUGGGCACAAGCAUGCAGAAGAAUCUCCUGAUUUUCUCGCUCAGGAUGUGAGUAUUGGUCCACGCGCAUCAAAGCCCAAAAGUCAAGUAAGAAGAAAGUCAAAGUCAGCUGGGCAAACUGAACAGAAGACAAAGCUUCUUAAAUCAGCUAAAAAUAGAACUACUUCCAGAAGUGCUAAAUCACCAGAAAAUGGACUUAACCGUCCAGUUCAUGAGCUCUCACCUGAUGACUCGGAAGAUAAUGUAACAGACAAGCAGCUUCCAAACUGUGAACAAAUAUCUUCAGGUUCUUUUCAAAACAUUGAAACAAAUAUGGUACAAAUAACAAGCACAUCUGCAUGUACCCAUCUAUCAGAUGUAAGGAGUUUGAUACAUAGAGAAGUAGUGAAUUAUGACGUGGAAAUUAAAAGAUGUGCAUCAGCUGUGAUUCCCACUUCAUCAUUCACCACAAUAACGCAGAAGGAAGAACAGGUAACACAACUAGCAAGGGGACAUAAUAAAACAGUGCAGGAAGAAUGGAGGCAACUUGAUGAGCCAGUACAGCCUGCUUUAUCUACAUUCAAACUGCCUGGUGGAUCUUUUUGUAUUGUACUGCUUGUCGAUGUAUCUGAAACUACUGGAAAUCAUCUUAAACAAUCUCAAGGUGCAUUAAUUACUGAAUUGAAACGUUUGCAAGUCAACGUUGAAGUUCGCCAUCUUAAUGUUGGAGACUUCGCAUGGAUAUGUCAAGAUAAUUCAAAGAAUGAAGCAGUUCUACCAUAUAUUGUAGAAAGGAAACGGACAGAUGAUUUUGCAAAAAGUAUAAAGGAUGGGCGCUUUCAUGAACAAAAGUUUAGACUUAAAAAAUGUGGUGUUCAGAAUCGCAUCUAUCUAGUAGAAAGCCAUGGAAAUAAUCAGCAUCUUGGACUGCCACUUAGUACUAUUGAGCAGGCUGCUGCCAACACACAUGUUGUAGAUGAAUUCAUCAUCACAAGAACACCAGGGCCACUGGGAACUAUCAAAUACCUUAGCUGCGUCACCAAUUUUAUUACAAGGACAUUCAAGGACAAGAUGAUUGUCAGUUGUCCCAAGGAACAUCUACCUCCACUCUUCCUCGCAUCGGACACUGUAUCGCUUAUGGCAUUCAGUGACUUCAAUGGUGCUGCAAGGAAGAAAAUGCAAUAUACAGUGAAGGAGAUGUUCAUCAAACAGCUUGUGCAGUUAUAUGGAAUGUCUGUGAGCAAGGCACUAGCAGUAGUGCAGAUUUAUCCAUCUCCGUCAGAAUUAAUGAAGGCAUAUGCACAAGGAGGAGGAGAUGACCUGCUGAGUAACAUUUUAUAUGGAAAGACACGUAGAAAGAUAGGCCCAGCACUAAGUAAAACAAUUUAUCAGUUUUAUACCCAUGUAUAAGCAUAAUUAAUUAAUUUAUCCAACUGGGAUUUACUAGUUGUAUAUUUGGGGAAUUAAACAAUAGAGUAACAUUUUGAAAUGA